GCCCCUUCAGGCUCUACAGGGUGCUCCGGCUUUCCUUGGCUUCGGGAGCUUUGCGCGGCUGGAGUGGCGCUCCGAUCCCGCGUGUCCUAGCCGCCGCCCCGCGUCCGCUCUGCGCUGGCGACGCCGGGGUCGGACUCCGUAGCCUCGGCCGGAGCGGCGCCCUGGGCGAGCCUGGAGGCCCCUGCCCGCCUCCUGCUUCAGGCGCUACAGGCAGGGCCUGAGGGUGCGCGGCGCGGGCUAGGGGUUCUGCGCGCCCUCGGCCGCCGCGCGGAGCACUUCCCUUGGGAUGGCUUCCUGGAGGCGCUGGGCCACUUAGAGCCCGAGGUGCGGGGCCCCGACGGCCGCCUAGAGCUGGUCCCACUGUUGCUCCGGCUGCCUGGGGUCUGCCAGAAGAACCUGCUGUCCCUGCUGCUGGCUCUCCUACCAUCCUUACCUGAAAGCGGACUCCGCUCUGUGCUGCAGCUCCACCAUCAGGAUGUGUCCUCUACCACUGAUGCCUGGCUCCAUGCCCUGGGGGAGCUGCUGCGAAGGGAUGUGGGGGUUGGAGUCGCUGAGGGAUCUUCUCCAUUGACCAGAAGCUGUCAGUUACAGCUCCGGGACCUGUGUGGGCGGCUGGGCCAAGGGGGGAGGGGGCUGAAACUGGCCCUGGCUCCAGAUCCUGAACAAGAGGACAGACUCUCACAGCUUUGCGGGAAACGGACGAAAGAGCCAGAAGAGGCUGCCAGCCCUGAGUCAGAGAGAUCCCCUAAAAGGUUCCGGGGCUGUGAGGAGGCGGUGGAAGGAAAGGAACCGGAGGAGAGACCCACGCUGGAGUCGCUGGGAUCCCCACCAGAUGCAGGAGGCGUGUUGCCUGACACUGACGCCCAGGCUCCGGAGACUGGCCCUGGCGUGGAGGGUCCCAAGGGUCCCGCUGAGAGUGUGGAGUUGCCCAAAGUUGUCCAGGACCAGGUGCCCAGGCUGCAGCUGCUGCUGAAGGCCUUCCAGGAGGGGCUGGAGGGUCAGGAGAAGCCCCUAGUGGACCUGCAGUUUCUUCAUGAAUGUAGUCCCAGCGAGAUGGAGUUGCUAUGCAGCGAACUACAGCUACCCCAGCUCCCUGACGGAGGUCUCCUGCAGCUCUGCAGCCACCUGAUGGGUCUCACACCAGCCCUCAGCCUCAGCAAUGCCUCUGUGCUGGCCAGGAGCCUCUUUCUUGACCGGAUCCGCUCCCUGCCGUCUUCUGCCUCCAGGCUUCUCAGAGUGGCCCUCGUCUCCUUCUGUGUAAAGUACACCUACGCCAUCUGCAGGGCUGUCCUCUGUCCCUUGCUCCAGGACCCUCGUGUAGGUCCUGCGCAGACCGAGUUACUGUGUUCCCUCAUAAAGGAUGAGUCCCUGGAGUCAGACAUGCAGGUCCAGAUUUUGGGGCAGGUCCUGGAGCUGGCCUGGCGAGAAGAGACGUUCCUGGUGUUGCAGACGCUCCUGGAACGGCAGGUAGAGAUGACCCCUGAGGUGUUCAGUGUCUUAGUGCAGAGGCUCUGCAAAGAGGGACCAGCAGCCACUACCUCCAUGGCCUAUGCCAAGCUGAUGCUGACGGUGAUGACCAAGUACCAGACCAGUAUCACAGAGCAGCAGAGCCUGGACCUGGCUGUGGCCCUAGAGCCCAACGCCACCUUCCUGAAGAAGGCCCUGCAAGCAGCGCUGAGACAUGUGACCCACUGACCAUACACAAGGACACACCGCCCUGACUGCUUGUCUCAGAACACACAGCCAUCUCAGGAGUCAGCUGCCUCUGCCCAACACCCCAGGCUCUGCAGGGGCCAUAUUGACUCCACAAGGAGCAGAGAGGAGGCCUUGGGUACCACUCCUGACAACAUCAGGAUACAGGGGCUGUGGAGGAUGAGUGGGAGGUGGGCAGAAAAGCUGGCCUUUCAGUGUGAGCCUUUUGUGCUCAGGUAUAUGUUGUGACCUCCUCUGUUUUGUUUGUUUCUGAACUGAGUAAUUUUGUAACAGUUUUAAUAAAAAGAAGACAGUCCAUCCAGG